AUGGCCUCGGGACAAGAGACAAUGCCAAUUCAUUCCGAUAUCGAAGCUGAGAUGACGGCACCCGCAACCCCUCUGAGCUCAGCAGCGCCGUUGGGCAGCGACGACACCGGCAAAGCGAGCCCCGAGUCAUCCAAGGAGAAUGUUCCCGGUGCAGAUGGCAAAAACAGUGUCUCUCCUAAGGCGGCUGUCAAACGUCCAGUGUCGAGUUCCACGAGCUCGACAAAGAGGCCAACUUCAUCCUCUGCUGCAAGCAAGACCGCAUCAUCAACUGUUCGCUCAGGCACCACGGCGAGCUCACUGAGCAAGCCUCCCACAAGGCCCCUGUCGGGUUCCACCACCACUCGCAGACCUUUGAGCAGCUCAACUACCACAUCUCACCGAUCGCGUCCCUCUAUUAGCAGCUCCGCUGACGAGAAAACCCGAUCAAUUGCCAGCUCCGGGGACGAGAAGCGUGGCAUUUCAGGCUCAGCCAAGCGGAUGUCUAUGGUCGGCACUUCCUCCACCCGACCACCAUUGAAGACUUCCUCGACCCUGGAUCGUCGAUCUAGCAUUGCGGGUGCGCCUCUAGAGAAGAAAACCGCACCCUCGACAGUGUCUCGAACCACUUCGAGCUCCACAGUUAAGCCGGUCGGCAAGUUGACAUCAGCGACUGCACCAUCAAGUCGGUCAACACCGUCGACCACCGCCGCCCGUCCAGCAGCUCGGCCCAUCUCCUUGACGGCCAGCACCCGAAGCGUGGCUUCCUCGGUCAGUGACCCAAAGAAGCGCCUGAGCACCAUUGGUGGCACCACGGUUCGAUCUUCCGAGAGCACCGAGAAAGUUCAAGCCCUGCAGACCAAGCUCUCAGAAAGCGAGGAGAUCAUCUCAAAUCUUCAAUCGCAGCUUGAAACUGUGAAUGAAAAGCUAAGCCAGCUGACUAUUGCGAGCGAAGAUGGCGCCAAGGAAGGGGAAGCCGCAGAAGCUGCCAAGGCCAGCCACGCUGGUGAACUUGAGAAGUUGACCUCUGCUCACGCCGAAGAGCUGGAGGCACUCCAAUCACGUCUGAAGCAGGCUGAAGCUCACCGCAAGGAGCUUGAGGAAAAGUUCCAGAAUGAUCUUGACGAGGCCAAACAGUCCGCAAAUGUAAAGGACGAUGAAGAAUUGAAUGCCGUGCUUGCUCAGAAUGAGAGCCUCAAGGCGCAAAUCGAGGAAUUGAACAAGGGCCUUGAGAGAGAUGUUGCUGAGCACAAGACCGCCGCCGAAGCCUUUGAAGAGCAAAUCAAGGUGCUCAAGGCCGACUUGGCGUCCCAGAAAGCGUCUUUGGAGGAAGAAAAAGCCACGGCUAUUGAGAAUCUGCAGAGAGAACUGCAAGGCCGUGAUCAAGUCAUGGAGGAGCUGAUCGCCGCGCACAAGAAGCUGACCGACUCCAAGGAUGAAAAGCUUUCUGCUGAGCAGGAAGCCGCGAAAGAACUUCGAGACCAGAUUCUUUCGCUCGAGACCAAGCUUACCGAAGCGGAGUCGGCCACGAAAGAGAGCUCUCGGGAGACCGACAUAUCUCUGUUGGAGAAAGAGAAGGAAGUCGCCGAGCUGAAGGAAACCCUCGAGAAACUUCGCCAAGAGCUCGAGUCGGCUCGUGACGCUACUGUCGCGGAUCAGGCGGCCAAGGUGAAGGACAUGGAGUCUUCUCAUGAGCUCGCUUUAGCGGCUCUCAAGGCAGAGCAUGAGAACGCUCUGAGCUCCCUCUCCGCGUCGCACGCCGAAGAGCUCACCGUCGCCAAGGCUGCUGCUGAGUCAAGCGGAUCCGAACACUCUCAGCAGCUGGAUGAGCUUCGGGAAUCCUUGGAGGCGUCCAAGGUCGCCGCUCAGGAAGCUCAGGCCCGUGCCAUCGAGGAACUCAAGGCCGCCCAUGAGGCUGAAAUGAAGAAGCUGCAGGAGCAACUCGAAGUUUCACAACGGGCCCUUGACGAAACCCGUCACACUUUGGAAGAAGGCAAAGCAUCCGCCCAGGAAGAUGCUGUUCAUGAAAUCGAUGACCUCCAUCACAAGGUUGAGUCCCUGGAGACGCAACUGUCAACGACCACGAGCGAGAUCAAGGCCCUCCAGGAGGAGAUGCAAGGCAAACAGGCUGAGGCGGAACAGUUGUAUCAGAGUCUGAAGAGAGUUGAGACCGAAGCAAAGUCCAAGGAGGAACAUCAGCAGGCUAUGCUCAAGGAGCGCGAAGCUCAGGUUGAGGCCGCUGAGCAGAAGGCCGCCGAGGCUAUCCGUCUCUUGGAAGAACAAAAGUCCCUGACCACUACUACUUCUGACCAACACGUCCAGGAGCUUGAGACUCUCAGAGCUGCGCAUGUCGCUGAGCUCGAACGCGCUCAACAAGACUCUUCAUCUUCCCACAACAUUGUGUUGAGCGAGCUUCAGCAAAAGUACGAUGAGCUCAGUGCCAGGAAUAAGGAAUUAGAGCAGGGGCACGUCGAGAAAGUGGAGUCCCUGCAGGCUCAGCUGAAGUCUGCCCUGGAACGCCAUGCCACUGAGAUGUCUUCUCUGACCGACGCUCGCGAGUCAGAGCUCGCUGAGCUUCAGAACCAGCACGAGCAGACCAAGGCUACGCUGCAGGCUGAGCUGGAGUCUCUGCGAGCUUCUGAGGGUGCGAACCAAGUCUCCCACGCAAAGGAGCUUGAGGAGCUUCAGAGAGGCUUUGCAGAGACCAAGGCCAAGCUUCAAUCCGAACUUGAAGCUUCCCAGGCUUCCAAGGCUGCUGAUGCGGAUGCCGAACACGGACGAGCGAUUGAAGAAUUGUUGCAACUCCAAGAUAUGAAGAUCACUUCUCUCCGGGCAGAAUUUGAGGAGUCGCAAAAGGCCAAGAUCGAGGAACUCGAGAAGUCCCACGAGAUUGUGCUCGCCAAUGUUCGUGAGCAACUCGAAAAAUCCAACGCUGCUGCUCAGGAUACCUCUAUGAUCGACAGCUUGAAGGUGACUAUUGCUGAACUCGAGGCACAGCUCGCCAAUGCGGCCGAGGCCCAGGCUGCUAUGCAAGAAUCCGCUGAGGGCGUUUCUCGAGCCCUCCAGGAGAAGCACGCCGUGGAGCUCUCUGGCGUUCAAGCAGAGCAUGCUGCGCUGUCCAGCAAGCACCGUGACACCCUUGCCCAGCUGGAGGACCUUCAGCGAUCUGCCCAAAACGCCGCCAGCGGCAGCCAGUCUCAGUUGGAGGCCCUUCAGAAGGAACUCGGCCUGGCGCAGCAGGAGAUUGCAUCUCUGAAGGAAAAGCAUACGGCGACCUGCCAAGAGCUGGAGGAACUGCUUGUGCACAAGAAGUCGAUGGAGGAGAAGAUUGCCAGUGGCCAGCAAGAUCUGAAUGAUCAGAUUGACAAGAACAUGCAACUUCUCAACCAACUCGGGGACGUGGAGAGCGACAUCUACGCGAGCCGCAAGCAAAUCCGGGAGCUUGAGGCCGAACUGGCCGCUCUCAAGGCGAACACCGGUAAGAGUACUCCAAGCGGACUGAAUGCGAGCCGAUGGGCGCCUGUGGAUGAGAGCAAUGAGACAGAUGUAGGAGGAGUUCCAGCCGCAGUGGAAGGUGAGGACCUUGGUCCAUCCAUUGAGGGAACGGUGGGACCUCCCCGUUUACAAUCUUUCUCCUCAGAGUUGCCUGAUUUUCAUCCAUUUACCUGA